AUGGUGAGCGCCUCCAGCCUGCUGCUGCCGUCCUCCAUGCGCGACCUCGCGUCCUGCAUCGGCGACGGCGCCGUCCGCGUCGCCUGCGCCAGCCCCGCAUCCACCCUCACCUCCUCCUCCGGCGGCGCCGCCUCCGGCAACUCCGGCUCCGCCUCCACCCUCUCCGUCACCGUCUCCUACCGCGCCACGCUCCUGAGCUCCGGCGCGCCGCCGCUGCUGCUGCGCCUCACCUGGGCCCACUCUGCGGUCGGCCCCACCCUCUCCUUCUCCCCCUCCGCCGCCGCGCCCUCCGUUCUCCUGCGCAGGCGCAGGGGCACACGCUCCGUCUCCCUGUCCGGCACCGGCGGCGCCGUCGAAGACGCGGAGGCGGAGGCGGAGUCCCCAGCGCUCGCCCUGUUCUGGGACCUGACGGCCGCGCGCUACGACCCGGGGGCCUCCCCGGAGCCGCUCUACGGGUACUACUUCGUGGCCGUGGCCGGCGCGGAGGUGGUCCUCGCCGUGGGCGACCAGGCCGCGGAGUUCGUCAAGACCAAGCUCGAGGGCCAGAUCUCCAGGGCGCGGUGCGUGGCGGUGGCCCGCCGGGAACGCGUCGUGGUGGCCGACCCGGCGGCAAUGCACACCGCGCGGGUGCGCUUCGCGGAGGGCGGGCCGGAGCACGAGGUCAGCGUCGGCUGCGCCACCAGCUCCGGGCCCGGCGGAGGCGAGGAGCUCUGGGUCAGCGUCGACGGGAAGCGGGCCGUGCAGGCGCGCCGCCUGCGCUGGAACUUCAGGGGCAACCAGACCGUCUUCGUCGACGGCGCGCCCGUCGACGUCAUGUGGGACCUCUACGGCUGGUGGUUCCGGGACCCGCCGGGCUGCGCGGUCGUCAUGCUCCGGGCCAGGAGCGCGCUCGAGAGCCGCCUUUGGCUGGAGGAGGAAGGCGCCGCGCCGGGGUUCUCGCUCGUCGUCCAGGCAUUCAAGGCCCCGCCUUGAUGAUCUGCAUAUGAGGUUGUUACCAUUUGCUCACCCAUCUCUGGCUACUCUGCCUGCCCAAAAUUGAUGGAACUUUGCAAAACCAAGAAAUGCAAUGUUUGGUUGGUUGCUGUUAAUUUACAGCUCUAGAGAUAGAUUCUUCUUAGAGGAGCUUGGGAUGGAUGAAACAUGAUCGUGGAUCAUUUUAGGUGGUAUACCGAGAGAGAGAUUGCUGGGAGUGUGUGUGUGUGUAGGAUCAUCAUCCCCUGUGUUUCCCCUCCUUGUUUUAUCUGAACCAUUUCUAGUGGUGUGCUCUCGUACAGUUAACAAAUAAUUAUACAAACAUUUCAGAUUAUAUCUUGAUCCAUCCUGCAGUGAUGUGUGAGGUGCUGUUUCUGUAGAUAGAUAUUGUGGGUGCUGCCCCGUACUGGUAUCUUUCUGCUUGUAGCAUAAUAGUCAUCACUGUCUUCUUGCUU